AUGGAAAAGUUCCUCCGGAGCUGGCGCCAGGAUGCGCUCAAUCGGAGCCAGAAUGAAACUGCUGUCUAUGUUGGGGAUAAGAUCCUGGCUCUGACUAACAGCGACACCGACGCAUUUUGGCUGGCUCAGGUCCACUUCAGCAACAACAAUUACACACGAGCACUGACUCUGCUUUCUCGCAAGGACUUGAUAUCGCGGAGCACAUCCUGCAGAUACCUUGCUGCACACUGCUAUCUAAAGCAGAACAAAUUCGACUCGGCGUUGAGCGUACUCGGAGAACAAAAUCCAACACACCUCAUCCACAGCGCAGGUCAUAGCCGGCGCAAAAUACAACAUCUGAAUGGGCACAGCCACGUUACUCUGCGGAAUGGAAAAUCGGCUUCUUCAAAGGCAGAACGUUUUGAGAGGAGUGAGGAGCAGGAUCGAGAAGAUGGGAACAAUUUGCGUUUUGAGGCAGCCAUGUGCUACCUGCGCGGACUCUGUUAUGCCAAGCAGAACGCUUUUGACCGCGCACGAGACUGUUACAAAGAUGCUGUUCGAAUUGACGUUCAAUGUUUCGAGGCAUUUGAUCAACUAAUGAAAAACUCUCUCAUGUCUCCGGCAGAGGAACUCGAGUUCUUGGAGUCCCUAGAUUUCGACUCAAUUUCUGUGCCUUCGGAUCCCUCUGCAUCGCAAGAGGCUGCUCAUUUUGUCAAAAUGCUUUACACUACAAGGCUCUCCAAAUAUACAUCGCCUGCUACGCUCUCCGAUGCGACCGAGACACUUUCAACACAUUACAAUCUUGCCACCAACCCUGAUAUCCUUCUCUCCCGCGCCGAGGCACUCUAUACACAAUGUCGCUUCACUGAAGCUCUGGAGCUCACGUCAUCCAUUCUCACAACACCGGAGACAGGUGCCAUCGUAACAGGCUCCCCAAGAGUUCCAAGUCAAAAUCUGGGACACUCGCCAUCAGUUUAUCCACUUCAUCUUGCCUGCCUCUACGAAACAGGUGCUAUCAAUGCUUUGUUUUUGUUGGCCCACACAUUGGCGGAUAAUGCGCCAGAGGAAUCAUACACCUAUCUUGCUAUUGGAGUAUACUAUCUCUCCGUUGCCAAAAUUGCUGAAGCACGUCGCUUCUUCUCCAAGGCUUCUCUUUUGGAUCCUCAUUCUGCCCCGGCCUGGAUUGGAUUCGCUCACACUUUUGCCGCAGAAGGAGAGCAUGACCAGGCCAUCGCCGCUUACAGCACCGCAGCACGGCUUUUUCAAGGAAGUCAUCUUCCUCAAUUGUUCCUCGGGAUGCAGCAUCUGGCGCUCAAUAACAUGUCCCUUGCACAUGAAUACCUAUGUGCAGCGUACACUAUGUCUUCGGGCUCACCAUCCGGAGAAGCAGUAUCAAUACCCAGUACAUUGUCCAGUGGGCUUCCAUCGUUAGGCGGUGAUCCCUUGGUACUCAACGAACUAGGUGUCGUAUUGUAUCACCAAGCCCAGCUGGGAGACGCCGUUGGCCUUUUUCGCCAGGCUCUUGGGCUAGCAGAAGCCUUGCAAUGCGAUCCUGGGGCAUGGGUCGCAACACGCGCCAAUCUGGGACAUGCACUACGCCGAAUGGGUAACCUCGAGGAAGCCCUCGCUGAAUUUGAUGAGUGCCUCCGAGUUGGCGCUGGAGGAGGUUCCAUGGGAUAUAGCACCACCAUUGGCGGCGUCACUACCACAUCAGUAGGGGUAGCUGGGUACGAAGACAGAGGCUUGAUUGGAUCACUUCAAACAUCGCGUGGUCUUAUUUACCUACAACAGGGUCGAACCCUGGACGCUGUCACGGUUUUGCAUGAGGCAGUUCGAGUGCUCGGCGUAAGCGGUGGCGAAGCAGCCGGAGGUGCUGGUAUCGCAGGAACUGUCCUAUCUAGGGCCAUGGAGUUAUGGACUCUGGAAGGUCGGGGGAAACAUGAUUCGAUUGGUGCUGGUCGCGGCAAAGAUAAAGCACGGCCCCGAGAGGAGCUGGACGUGGGAGAAAGUUGGACAGAUAAUGUUGUCGACUCGGGCACAUUUGAUGAGGCUGUUGAAAUGGAGCUAGACACACAGGCUAAAGGUCUUUUGGGCAAUGCGCUCGCCAGAGUACGGCCACGACGUGCCGAGAAGCAGCCCCAACCCCUGGAGCCAACAACCCUGCCUGAAGAGAUGGAGCUCGAGGAACCGCCAGAAAACCGAAGCCGGGGUGGUUCACGUCCGAUUAACAAUCGACAGAGUCCAACCCGCAGAGUCCAAGCCAGAAAUCCUGCGGGCUAG